UUGCUUCUUUAAGAAUUCGUCUACCUAAUACCUUUCGUGAUGAUGAGCUUGAAGAAGAGGAACUUGAAGAAGAGGAGGAAACUUCGAGUGAGAAAGAAGAGAGUAUUAUUUUAAAAGCUACUUUAGUACAACAAUUAACUACACGAUAUCUAAAGUCACGAAUAUACUACGUAGCAAAAUCAAAGCAUUGGUGGCGAAAUGUUCUUUCAUCCUAUGAUCCUGUUCGAUUUAAAAAACUCUUGCAAAUGUUUUUACAUCAUUUUCAACAAUUAGCAGAUCUUAUACGCCACUAUCCU